ACUCAACAUCGCGCUUUCGGGCAUCUCAUGAGCGACAUCUCAAGACAAGGGGAACGAAUUUCUCAUGUGCUGGCUACUAUUAUGCCCAGUGUCUCGAGUCAAUAGUGCCGUCAGUAUAGGAUGUUCGAACCGGAGCCCGAGCCUCGCCUAGGUGCCGAGAACCAGCAAACACUUGACCAGCAAUUGGCCCACCGUAUCUCGGAUCUUCGCGAUGAGUUCGCAAAAUAUCUUGCUAGGGCUCAUGCAACGCACGCAGAACUUUCUGCGAUUCUGGAGCAACCUCCAGCCGAAUAUGACAGUCUACAAAAUAUCGCCAAUCAACGACUGGCAGCCUACGACAAGCAUGUUAACUCCAAGAACAGACCUACGCGAAACCAAAAGCCCUGGCCAAAUUUGGACAACCUCGCAGCCGACGUUGCACAGCUGGAGAACUUUUGGCGAGUCGCAAAGACCUCAUCGGGGAUUCUUGCCUUCCAGAAACUAUUUUUCUGGGACCGGUCCACGAUGCUUCAGUACAAGACAAGAGGCGGGCUUUCACAUUUCGGAAAAUGGGCGAGGAAAGGAGCCCUUAUGACAGGCAUCAAUCAGAACAGCUUCUCAAAACACUUCCAUCAUGCGACAAAAGUCGACAUUGUUGCCCAGAAUGGACUGGAAUGGGUUCGUGUCUGCUCCUCUACGGAGAAGAAGCUCUUGUUCGACCUCGCCAAGUUGGGAUGGCAGAAUGAUUCUGAUUCUGACUCUGACGAUAAUUUUGGCGCAAACGGAACCUCAGGCCCCUCGAACAUAAUUGACGACGAUGAAUCCCUGGAGAUCCUAAGAGACGCCCACAAGCUCGCCCGCGCUGCCAAAGCGAACCCUUUGAGAGGCUGCACACCAAGGGUACGCUUCGUCAUGACCCGUGUUGCUUCGGGCCGAGUGAAAGAGAUAGAUGCUAUCUUGGACAAGAUUCGUGCUACAGGAGCUCUGGUCCAGUGUGUCGGGAAUGCACCAGAGACUAUCUCUUUCGACGCAGCAUUGACAAGGAUGCAGCCCGGACCUAUGCCGUCGAUCUCGCAAGUCCUCAACAUCGACUACACGAUUCUGCGCGGACUUGUCAGCGAUAUCUCCCAUACUGAAUGUAGCCUACAAGACGAGCAAGUCAGGCAGGUUCGGGAAAGCAUAGAAUUAGAAAUGACGGAGAAAUUUCUCCUGGAUGUAUUAUAUCCAACAAUUGCGUCGGCUCCCAUGGUGUGCACCACCGAGACUUUCCAACAGCUGUAUCAGGUCCUCGGUCUGAGAGGCUCAGGUACAGAACAACAGCGGGCAGAUAUCCUGUUCGCGAGAGGAGGCCACACAAAAGCCAGUCCCGAAAACCUGCUCGCAGCAUGGCGCAGCCUUUCAAUGCAUCCUGUACCUGGUUUCCUGCAACUACCCAUCCGCGUAGUACAGAGCAAGCUUUCUGAAAAUCUAGAGAAGCUUCCUGAGGUCGCGACGAAAAUGCUCGACCUAGAGCUCUACUAUUACAGCCCUGCCACGAAGAGCAGUGCUCAUGCCACAAGGAGUAGUUUCCUAUACGGCUGGGCUCACGGUUUGACAACGUUGACAGGAAAUGGCGCGGUAUCAAGGUACCAGAUCAAUGACCGGCUCGAUCAGGGCGGGCUGGGAGAUGGCGAGGAGGGACCACAUUUUUGGCUAUUGGCGCAGAUGACGCGGGUUCUCUACGGUCGGCCACGACAUCUGUGGACACUGCCGGAUGGGGAGAAUACGGUGGAUGCAGGUACACCUCAGAAUGAGGAAGCAAUUUCGGGAUGACUUUCCCAAGUUUAGACGUUUACAUUGUGGACUCACGCAUUGAAUCAAACGUCGGAGAUCAGAUUUUGAAAAAGAGCACGUGACCUGUGGUCGCGGAACACGCAUAAUUUUCAGUGUACUGGUGGUCGU